AUGGCGCGCUAUGCUGAUGUGGGCAAGAAUCGACCAGCGGGGCCCUCGGUGCCAACUCUCGAGGAAAUACGCAGAGAUCAUCCCGAUUUCACGCUGAUCACUAAUCCGGAACUGCAGCCGAUUGUACUCCUAGACAAGAACGGCGUACUGCUCUCGGGUAUUGUACCAGGGCCUGGCGACAGCGACUCCGAGAAAGUCUCAUGGGAUGGGGGCAUGUUAGAUCUGGCAGAUUUUAUUGAGGAGUUGCGCGAGGGUGAGCAAGUGAGGUGGCUGGGCGGCGAGCAGGAUCACCGACGGGGCAAGUACCCGUUCGUGUCUUGGGGCUCUGUGCAUGGAAAUGGGAGACUGGGCCCCGGCCUUCUGAAGGUUCGGCAUCCAGCUGUCGCCUACUCACUGCGUAAUCACAAUAUGGUCCAACGGGUGGCUGGACACCAAGACGCCGUGUUUCAGUUCUAUGCCCUUUAA